AUGACACGGUUUCCUGUCCAUUACCGUGCCAACAAGAAGGGUUGGGCUACCACUGAUAUUACAUUGGAUUGGUUUCAUAAAUGUUUUGUUCCUGAGGCCAGGGCUCAUUGUAACUCAGUUGGACUAGACCCUAAAUGCAAGAUACUUCUUAUUUUAGACAAUUGUUCGGCACAUCCAAAAGCCGAUCUUCUAGUGAAAGAUAAUGUUUUUGUUACCUACCUCCCACCCAACUGCACAUCACUAAUUCAACCACAGGACAAUGGUAUCAUACGUUCUAUGAAGUGUAAGUAUCGAUCCCUGUUAAUGAGGCGCCUAGUGAGUUCAGUUAAUUCAGGCACCCCAGUACAGAGAUUCAUAAAAGAGUUAAACAUUAAGGAUGCAGUGUACUGUGUUGCCAAUGCUUGGACGUCUAUUAAAACAUCAACACUGAAAAAUGGAUGGCAUAAAUUGUGGCCAAGUUUAAUGUUUACUUCUCAUUCUAACGAAGACACAGAAAAUGAUUUUGCAGGAUUUAGGGUUUCCAAAGAAGAGCAACUUAUACAUGAACUUCUUGCUUAUGUUAAAGAUGUAACUAAUCCUGAUGCCAAGGAGCUUUCAUCAAGGAUAAAUGAAGAUGUUUUAACAGAAUGGUUGGAUGUUGAUGAUAAUGUGCCUACAGUUCAUCAUUACACUGAUUCUGAAAUUGUAGAUAUGGUUAAAAGUCCGGAGAGAAAUGCCUUUACAGGUAGUGAUGAAGAUGAAAGCAGUGAAGAAAAUGAGGAAGAUGUGAGAGAGAGAAUCUCUAUUGACAGGUUAAUUGCGUUGACAACUGAACUGCUGGCUGGACUAGAGCAACGAAGUUUUGUAAGUGAACAAGAAAUCAUGAAUGUUUUCUUGCUCCAAGAUAAACUUAUUAGAGAAAGACCCAAGUGUAUGAAGCAACAGACAUUGCCCGAUAUAUUCAAGAAAAUAGCUAGGAAGCAGGAAGAAGCAACAGCGGUGUCCACACUUGAUAAUCCACUGCCAUCAACUUCAAGACAAGUUGAAGCUGUUCCUGUUGCUGAGGAUGUUGUCACUGUCAGUGAUACAGAUGAUAAUCCUGACAGCCCAUCUGCUGUUUAG